AUGGGACAGGGCCUCUACUACGUCGCGGACUUCAGCGAGAGUAUUCACGAAGCGUGCACUGACAACGAGAAGUCCACAGGCGGCAGUGCCGGCGCCGAUGACGUAGACUUCCGUAUGGAGAGUGCCUCCCCGAAUGUAGUCAGCAGCACUGAACAGUGCCCAGUUUCACGGAAGCGACGUUUCGAGGUGGUCACCGAUGGGGUUCUCAUCCUUCGCAUGGUCCUCCACCAGAAUCUCUCGGCCCCAGUGGCUCGCACGACAGCUCUCUACCCCUACCUCUAUCGAUUCAUUGAUCUGAAGAAGCAGUUC